CCAAUGGGGGGCCAGGCGGGCGCGCGCGGCCCGUGGCGAUGAUCGAGCAGCAGAAGCGAAAGGCUCCGGGCGGCCCCGUUCCAGGCCCCGUCCCAGGCCCGGCUCCCGGCCCCGGCCCCGGUCCUGCGCCUGGCGCUGCUCCUGGCCCUACGCCGGGCCCCGAUCUCCCGCUCGUGCCCUCGGCGGCCAAGCGGCCCCGCCAUGAUCCGCCGGCGGCGGGCGGAGGGGGCGGAGGCGGCGGGCAGCCCCCAGCCGGUGCUCUGCUACAAUCGGGCCCCCCGCGCUGCUCCUCGCUGCAGGCUCCCAUCAUGUUGCUGUCGGGGCACGAGGGAGAGGUGUACUGCUGCAAGUUCCACCCCAACGGCAACACCCUGGCGUCUGCCGGCUUUGACAGGCUAAUCCUGCUGUGGAAUGUCUAUGGGGAUUGUGACAACUACGCCACACUGAAGGGACACAGCGGGGCAGUCAUGGAGCUGCACUAUAACACGGAUGGCAGCAUGCUCUUCUCAGCAUCCACAGACAAGACUGUGGCUGUGUGGGACAGUGAGACUGGAGAGAGAGUGAAGAGGCUGAAGGGCCAUACCUCUUUUGUGAACUCCUGCUACCCAGCAAGGCGAGGACCUCAACUUGUCUGUACAGGCAGUGACGAUGGGACAGUGAAGCUGUGGGACAUCAGGAAAAAAGCUGCUGUCCAGACAUUUCAGAACACUUACCAGGUCUUGGCUGUAACUUUCAAUGACACCAGCGAUCAGAUCAUAUCUGGGGGCAUCGACAACGACAUUAAGGUGUGGGACCUUCGCCAGAACAAGCUCACGUACACAAUGAGAGGACACGCAGACUCGGUGACAGGCCUCAGUCUGAGUUCAGAAGGCUCUUACCUGCUCUCUAAUGCAAUGGAUAACACAGUUCGCAUCUGGGAUGUGCGGCCGUUUGCCCCAAAAGAGAGAUGUGUAAAGAUUUUCCAGGGGAACGUGCAUAAUUUUGAAAAGAAUCUUCUGAGAUGCUCUUGGUCUCCAGAUGGGAGUAAGAUAGCAGGGGGAUCCGCUGACAGGUUUGUCUAUGUGUGGGACACCACAUCCAGGAGGAUUUUGUACAAGCUGCCGGGCCACGCGGGGUCGGUGAACGAGCUGGCUUUCCAUCCAGAGGAACCUAUUAUACUCUCUGCAUCUAGUGACAAGAGGCUGUACAUGGGGGAGAUCCAGUGAAGCUGAGAGCACGCCGUGAUUCACGCCCUUGAAGUCUCUGGUUUACAGAAGCAGGAUGGACUUGCUUCUCGCUGGUGCCAGCCCCCUCACACUUGUGGUAAUGGGAAAAUGUUGAAGCAGCACGAUGAGGCAUUGCAGGCUGCGAUGUCUGCGUGGCCCUGCUGCACAGCUUGGGUUUUUUUUUCCCCUUUGGGGAAGAAGGAAAAUUUAGAAUUGAAUUGAUUUUGAAUUUGGCUGUACAGCGGGUUUCUAAGCCCUUACCCAGAUCACUUGAAAUUUGUAUAAUUUGUUUAAAUUCCAUUUGUGGCUCGUGUAUUCCCUGUCCAGUUUCUCUUGGUUGUUUUUAUACGGUCAAACUGAAAUAGACACCUUUUUACAAGAACUGUGUGGAUGGAAUUUAUUGUUCUGCUUUACUUUUCUACUGUACAAUACUAAAUCAAAGCCCUCACUCAUAUAUAACCCAGGGAAAACAUCUACUUGAACUUCAGAAGAGCAGCUUUAUUUUUUAUUCAUGGCAAUAAAAAUGACCACACUGGAAAUAAU